GACACUGGGGAUGUGGGAGACCCGGGGGGAGGUGGCCCCACCCAACAUGUACCCAUGGGAGUCAGGAGUGGUGCGCGGGUGUUGAGUGGGGCUGCAGGAAGCGGUUGGAUGAGUCUCAGGGAACCUGCUGCCCAUCCAUGCUGGUGGCCCGGAAGUGGGGGGUACUUCAUUCCUAACUCAGCAUCUCUCACCCCUGGGCUCUGGGAGCCAGCAGGUGGGUGGAGACUCUGAGGGAGAAAGGAGCUGUCCUAGAGACACACAGUCUGUAUCCGGGGCCAGGGCACAGGGGAGCCCUUUGGUGUAUCUGCCUCAGCUCCUCCACCUGACCUUGCCCGAGCCCCGGGAUGGGGGCGUCCACUGUGCUAGUGAGUAGCCGGGCAGCCCAGGCCCAUCUGGGAGAUUGGCUACUCUUGCCUGACAGGUCUGUUUGGCUCUGACCCCUGCCCUACCUGGGAUACUGGUAGCAAAGUCACCUCCCCUCUCUGACCUCUCUCUGCCCCAGAGGUACACAGACAGCAGCCGCAGGCCUGGCAGCGUCCAGCCAGGGCCGCCCCUGUGGGCAUGCAGGGCAGCAAAUGAAUGAAGGGCAGUGAUGGAUAAGGAUGUAUUCAGCCCUCUACGGCCCCAUCUGGGUGGGUAGGGGGCAGGAGGGGAGGACUGAGCCAGAGGGGCUCGGGGGACCCUGGGAGAAGGUAGCAGCAGCCCCACUCCCUCCUUCUUUCCCUCCCUCCCUCCCCGCCCCCACCCCUGGGCUGGCUGGGCUCCCAUCAGCCGCGCUGCAUCAUCAAUAUUUCAUUGGCGUCAAUAAGAGGCAGCAGCCGGGACAGCGGCUGCAGCACGGCAGCACUCCAGCCAGCUCCAGUCACAGUUCGCCUGGGGAGUCAGGCUCCUGUCCCUGCCCACCACCAUGGACGUCUUCAAGAAGGGCUUCUCCAUCGCCAAGGAGGGUGUGGUGGGCGCCGUGGAGAAGACCAAGCAGGGGGUGACAGAGGCGGCUGAGAAGACCAAGGAGGGUGUCAUGUAUGUGGGAGCCAAGACCAAGGAGGGUGUCGUGCAGAGUGUGACCUCAGUGGCUGAGAAGACCAAGGAGCAGGCCAAUGCCGUGAGCGAGGCCGUGGUCUCCAGCGUCAACAUCGUGGCCAACAAGACCGUGGAGGAGGCGGAGAACAUCGCAGUCACCGCCGGAGUGGUGCGCAAGGAGGACCUCGAGCAACCUGCCCCCUCACCGGAGGGUGAGACGGCCAAAGUGGAAGAGGAAGAGGCCAAGGAGGCCAAGAGUGGGUGAGAUUAGAGGGCCACAAGUGAGCUGCGGAGGCCCUGAGGAACCCAUCCCCUUUGCCUUGGACACCAUCCCUUCCCAGCACAAGGAGUGCCUUGCCCUGGAGUGUGACCUGCGGGGCCACCCAUGGUCCCCACACCCUUGCCCGGCUGCCCACAGGCUGGUCCUCCCAUGCUGCCACGACCGCCUUCACUUCCCUCCUUUGCCGCUUCCUGCCUCCUGGUUCUUCUGACCCCACUGAUGCUGCUGUGAAUUUUUUUUAAUGAUUCCAAAUAAAACUCAAGUCCCCACUACAUA